ACCGGAAGUGGAGGGGAGUAGGUGAUCUCUGAGUUCCGGUUGAGUGGAAUCUUUAAGUGGGUGAAAGGUGGACUAGACGACAGGCUGUCAUUCUUCAACAAAACCUGUCGGAACGGACUUAAACACAGAUAGAUCUCACCAUGCUGCAGAAUACAGGGAAGCUAGCGGGCUGCACGCUGUUCAUCACCGGAGCGAGCCGAGGGAUCGGUAAAGCUAUCGCUCUGAAGGCCGCCAGAGACGGAGCUAACAUCGUCAUCGCCGCCAAGACAGCCGAGCCCCACCCCAAGCUACCGGGGACCAUCUACACCGCCGCACAGGAGGUGGAGGCAGCGGGGGGGAAAGCGCUGCCGUGCAUCGUGGACAUCAGAGACGAGACGCAGAUCGGAGAAGCUGUCCAGAAAGCUGUCGACACGUUUGGAGGAAUCGACAUCCUGGUGAACAACGCCAGCGCCAUCAACCUGACGGGGACUCUGGAGACGCCGAUGAAGAAGGUCGACCUGAUGCUGGGGAUCAACCUGAGGGGCACGUACCUCACGUCUAAGCUGGUCAUCCCCCACCUGCUGAAGAGUUCCAGACCUCACAUCCUGAACCUGUCGCCCCCCCUCAACCUCAACCCCGUCUGGUUCAAGAACCACACCGCGUACACGAUGGCCAAGUACGGCAUGUCCAUGUGUGUCCUGGGGAUGGCCGAAGAGUUCAGAGGUCAGAUCGCUGUCAACGCUCUCUGGCCCAAAACAGCGAUCCAGACAGCAGCGAUGGAGAUGCUAGGUGGCGAGGGCGUGGGGAAGCAGUGCCGUACGGCUGACAUCAUGGCGGACGCCGCCCUCGCCUGCUGUCGCGGCCCAAAAGACUACACGGGUCACUUCCUGGUGGACGAGGACAUCCUCAAGGAGACCGGGGUCCACGACUUUGAUCAGUACGCCGUCCAGCCAGGUCACCCUCUGCUGCCGGACUUCUUCCUGGACGAAGCUCCAGAGACUCUGGUGGAGAAGAUGGAGCAGCACGGGGCGACCCCCGCCUUAAAACCGGCGUCCUCAUCGGCCACGCCCCCCUCCAGUGGACCAAUAGAAAGCACGUUUGAUGCCAUCAGAGGAGUCCUCAACGCAGACGUGGUUAAGGUCACGCAGGGAGUUUACCAGUUCGACCUAUCAGGAGAACAUGGGGGCGUUUGGUUUCUGGACCUGAAGAGCGGCUCUGGCAGCGCCGGGCGGGGCCAGCCGUCCGCCAAAGCAGACGUUGUCAUGACGAUGGAUUCCAACGACUUCAGCAAGAUGUUCGCAGGUCAGCUGAAGCCGACGAUGGCCUUCAUGUCAGGGAAGCUGAGGAUCAAAGGAGACAUGACGCUCGCCAUCAAACUGGAGAAACUCAUGAGCCGCAUGGCCAAGGCCAAGCUGUGAGGGACAAGCCCCGCCCCCAGGGGGUCUCAGGGCCAAUCAGGCCACGCGCACCGGCCUUUCAGGCCCCGCCCACUGACCGCUCAGGGCCUAUCAGGGCCCACCCCUGUCUGUAGCUGUACAUGUUGCCUUAAUACAGAAAUAAUAAUAAUUAUAGUGACUCUGUAAUAAAUCUACCUUGAUAAUAACCUGA